CCAAAGCAUUGUUAGCCUAAUGGUCACUACAAAACUCAAUCCAAAAUCCGUCCCAUGGGGGCUGACAAAAGCAUGGAGGUCUCGUCUCCGUCCUUGCCACUUGAUUGGGCUAGUACUGUUGCUCUUGUUUGGAAGCGCAUGGUCUGUCCUCGUGAGGAUGGUGCGUGCUGUGGCAGAAACCUAAAAAUACAAGCAACAAACCAGGCAAAGAACUCUGUGGAGCAUGAGCAUGUCCUUGACUGUGCGGCCCAGACAAUAAAUGUUCCAGGAGUGAAUGUUGCCCUGUACAAAACCUGUAUUGCUCCGCCCUUUGAGAUGAAUGUGCACUCUGGAAAUGAAAUGAUUUCCAGGGGUAUUGAAACCUUGGGCUGUUUUGAGUGUGGUGUCUUGAAGAAGUUGAUGCGAUUCAUGGAGCAGACACCACCGGAUACAUUCUUCCUUGACAUUGGUGCAAACAUUGGCAUGUACAGUUUGCACGCAGCUGCAUGGGGGCGAGAUGUGUUUGCCUUUGAACCAUUUCAAAGGAACUACCAGCGAAUUUGCAAAUCAAUUUCCAUGAACAAUGGCUUUGAGGAAAGACUCAUUGUAUUCAAUGUUGCCCUCACGGACCAUCCAACAACCAUUGGGUUUGGGAGUGUUACUGAAGAGAACUUUGGUGGGAUUCAUGUGAAGGAAGAAGAGGCUUCACAGGGAAAAUCAUCUGGUGCUCCUGUACGUGGAGUAGACUAUGCUCCAGGAAUCCAGCUCUCUUCACUGAAAAGUGUGUUGCCUUUGAAUCGCCCUGCUGUCAUCAAGAUUGAUGUGGAGGGUAGUGAGUGUGGAGCUUUGAGUGGUGCCAUGGAUUACUUGCAUGCCCUAGAUAUUCUCUAUGUCGCAAUUGAAUGGUCCGAGGCAAUGCUAAACUGCGAGCAUGCCGAUGCUAUCUUCGAGUUGUUCGGGAAGAACAGGCUAUCUCCCUAUCAGUACAUCUACUUUGAAGAUAUUUGGAGGCCGCUCAAAGUCACCGAGUGGCGCAAUUGGCGCAAUGAUCCGCACAUAUUUGAGGUCUUGAAGAGUCAUGCCAUGGAUAUUGCAUGGAUUCGAGAGCAUGCAUGAGUAGAGUACUAGUAGAGUUGUUUUGAUUAAUUAACAAGAGUUUAUGGUAGAA